AUGCUUCCUUCCUUACUGGAGUUACACUUAUCUUAUUGUGGAUUAGUAAGCCAUCCACUAUCUCUACAGAGGAUUAACUUCACCUCACUUUCGGUCCUUGAUCUUUCAGCUAAUGAUUUCAAUACUUCUUCAUUUCCCAGCUGGAUUUUCAAUCUUACUAGCCUCAAAAGACUUGAUCUAAACAGCAAUUCUUUCGAUGCUCAGUUUCCAGUUGAAUUUGGAAACCUCAAAUCUCUUGAAUACCUAGAUUUAACUCAUUCGGGGCUCGAAGAUAGUGGAGUUCCCAGAGUCCUUGGAAACUCAUGCAAGCUAAGGACAUUAAAUCUUAGGUGGAACGAUUUUAGUGGUGGGGGGAUUGAAGAGUUUUGGGGGAGUUUGUCAAAUUGUCCAAAUAAUACACUAGUAUUAGAGUCACUAGGUUUGUCUAGUUGCGGGCUGGAAGGCCAAUUGCCGGCCUCCUUAGGAAUGUUAAAAAGUUUGCAGUAUUUGUACCUCAGUAAUAAUCACAUGAACGGGUCCAUUCCACAAAGUCUAGGACAACUCUCCGCGCUAGUUGAACUCAAUUUGUUUUGGAAUUCUUGGGAAGGCAAUAUAACGGAAGCCCAUUUCAUUAAUCUCACCAACUUGAAAAGUCUUUCAAUAGGCAACGAUUUCGAUGGCAUACAAAAGCCCAUGUCCCUCGUUUUCAACGUGUCUUAUGAUUGGGUUCCUCCUUUCAAGCUCCACAAAAUUCAUAUUAUAAACUUCAAAGUAGGUCCUGGUUUUGGGGUAUGGCUUCAAUCUCAGACUGAACUGGCACACGUCACCCUUAGUAGAACUGGAAUAUCAGAUUCUAUACCUGAGGAAUGGUUGUUGAAGCUGUCUUCCAAACUCAUACGGUUGGAUUUAUCUUACAACCAAUUUCGAGGUAGGCUUUCAUCAAACAAAUUGAUGAGAUUUCCGAAUUUAGGAAGAAUAAGUUUGGAUCAUAAUCAAUUUGAGGGCCCACUCCCACUAUGGUUCCCUAAUGCCAUCUCCCUUGAUCUCGAAAGCAAUUUAUUUUGGAAUUCUUGGGAAGGCAAUUUGAGUGUUGACCAGCUCAUGCCCAAAUUGGACGAAUUGUAUCUUUCAGAGAAUCAUUUGAAUGGUACAAUUCCACCUUCUAUUUGCAACAUACUAGACCUGAGAAUCCUUUCCUUGAGGAGCAAUGGUUUUUCUGGAGAAUUCCCUAACGCAUGGUGUUCGAGGAGGCCGAUACUCGUUGUAGAUGUUGCCUACAACAAUCUCUCAGGUAAUAUUCCCACUUCAAUAGGGCUGUUAAGUUCUCUUAAAAUAUUGAAGCUAAAUGACAACAAUUUUGGAGGUAAGAUUCCCGAUUUGCACAAAUGCUCCGAUUUACAAAGUAUCGAUCUUGGAGGCAACAAAUUUUUUGGGAGCAUACCUCCAUGGAUAGGAGGAUCAGAUGUAUACAUGCUACGAUUGCGAUCAAACUUUUUUACUGGACAUAUUCCCCGACAAUUUUGCAAUCUUGGCUACCUUCACAUCCUCGACCUCAGCCACAACAACUUUUCAGGUACUAUUCCCAGCUGUUUCAAUAAUUUGACUUCUCUUUUUCAUGAGCAAACCAAGCUGACAGUAAAAGGAGAAGAACUUGUGUAUAACACCACUGUAAUGUUAGUAAAGAGCAUUGAUCUUUCAUCAAAUAAUUUAGAAGGUGAAAUCCCUCAAGAGAUAGGUAGCCUCACUUUCUUGGGUACCUUGAACUUGUCGAGAAAUCAGUUGACUGGUAACAUCCCCUCAAUUGUUGGAAGUAUGCAUAGGCUGGAAACUCUUGAUCUCUCAAACAACCGUCUUUCAGGACAGAUUCCUCAAACUCUUGCAUCUUUAACAUUCUUGGCGCACUUGAAUUUGGCUAAUAACAACUUGGUGGGGAGAAUUCCUUUGGGCAGCCAACUUCAAACGUUCACUGAUCCGUCCAUUUAUAUGGGCAAUCCAUCAUUGUGUGGGGUUCCUCUUCCAACAAAAUGCCCCGGAGAUGACACUUUUACUACUACAGAUGCAAAACCCAUUAAUGAAGACUGA